AUGUCGGGCAACCGAAGAGGCGAUUUCGCCAUUACCAGCGCCCAUGGUCAUCGGGAUAGCGAUGAUUCCAUAAUUUUGCUGACCUCCCCUGGUCGCAGUUAUGCAGCAUUUGUUCACGAGACGCCUGGUGAUCUCUUCGACGCCCCUAACGGCGCUGCUCUGAUCCAUGCAUGCAACUGCCAGGGUACCUGGGGUGCGGGACUUGCUCGUCAGUUUCGCGAGCGCUACCCGGCCGCCUACGAGAUCUAUCGCAAGCAUUGUCUCGACCACCUCGACAACCGAGUUUCCCACAAGAUCCCCGAUCUGCGUGGCCCUUUCUCGAUGGAAGUUGACUUUCCGCUAGGCACCGCACUUGUGAUCCCACCACAGCAGAGCGACUUCACUCUCCACCGGCGCCGCCACUGGAUAAUCUGUCUCUUCACCUCGAAAGAUUUUGGUGCCCGCGUCGAUAAAGAGGAGAUGAUAAUCACUAGCACUCAUGCUGCUCUGCUUGACUUGAGGGAACAACUGGAGACUCUUUGCCGGCGGUAUCCUGAUAGCGGAGUCGGCGAGCAAGUGCCUUCUGGCCUAUACUCCAGCCGUUUCUGCACCGGCAUUUUCAAUAUCCCCUGGGAGAUCAUUCACGGGCUGAUCAAUGAAAUCGGUCUGCGGAUCAACGUGUACUACCCCUAUGAGCCUAGCAACCGUGGACGUCGACCCAUUCGGGUGCAGCCUCCCUCCGAGGAGCACAGGGGGUAA